AUGUCGGAUUCUCAGAACAGUACGCCAGCGGUGUUUGGUUGGCAAGUUGAGAGUUCUGGGUUCAGCAGCAAGAUGAGAGAUUUUGAUGAGUUUAUAGCGGAUCUUGAUAUCCAAUAUGUGUUUGAGCUUGAGUGGAAUUUAGCAGUUGUUUUGAAGUGGGUUGGAGACCUUGAUCGAAAGGAUAAUGCUGGAGACUCCAUUGAGGAUCAUCCGAACAGAAUUUGCACAGCAGUGGAAUCAAUUGAGGUCUUUUCGAAAAUUCUAUCUCAGACUGACAUAGCGAGCAGAUUAAGCAUACCUCUCGGCUGUCUAAAGCAUUUCUCAUUCCCUCAAGGGGAAAGCUCAAUUGGUUUCGAUGUAGUUGAUUCUCUUCAGCAAUCCUGGCCUUUUACGUUAUCUGUCCGUCCUCAAGGCCAUGCUAAACCUUCCAUCACUGGGAGUUGGACUAGUUUUGCGAGGGCUAAAGGUGCUAGGUUAGGUGAUGUUGUUUCGUUAUACAAACAUAUUCAUGCAGAUGGUGAAGUGAAAUACAGCAUCACGGUGAAGAGAAAGAUUUUCAAUGUUUUGGCAAAUAUGACAUAA